AUGGACCGGAUGACUUUGGACGAGGUGAAAUCUGCGCUGUGCGCAAUGAAGAUCGAGAUCGAGGACGCGCCCCGUAAGGAGCUCAGAAAGUACCUCCGACUCGUGCUCGACACCUGCCAGCACGGCUUCCGCCUCGCCCCUGUCCUCGACCUGACAACACUCCCGGAGUGGCCCCCAUCUUCGCUGGCAGUCCAGAAACGCCGCCAAAAGCAGUACUAUACUCCCAGUCGCGCCGCGUCACCGGCCAUCGCACACGACCCCACAUCACUCGCCCAGGCCGUCGAGCGCGACGGGCUCGAGGAGUCCGCCGACGUGUUCAACGUCGGGGACAGAUACGGGCGCAAGUUCCGCCCCGGAUCCGGGCCAGACCCGAUCGUGGGUCUGCGCACGGCCGUCCUCGAGCUCGCGAAGCUGUACGACUGUGGCUCGCCCUGGAUCGUGUUCGGCGCCGGAGAGGAGUGCGUCAACGUCCGGGUGGUCUCUGUGCGUAAAGUGCACCGGCGCGCGCCCGUCUUCGUCGUGCUCUACCGCGGCUUUCGGCGGCCUGAGCCCGGCUCGCCUGCGGUGGAUGAGCACGUGCGGUGGGCGGUGCAGCAAAGCACGGAGGUCUCGUGGACCCCGCCGCGCUACCAAUCCUUGGACAAAGCGAAGAUAGCCGGGAACAACUUUUUGCUCCACCCGCUUGCGCUGCGGCUCCUCGUCAAGCUGCUUCGAAUGAACGAAGACGUCGUACCAAACGACUUUCCCAUUCAGUUCCAGCCGGGGGAAGCAGCCUACAAGAUCUCCGCGCUGUCACCUCCAUCGGCACCGCCUCAAAUAGCGUUGCUGGAGCUGAAGGCUCGGACGUUCUCCUGUGCGGUGUGCAAACGGAGGCCGGUGAAGGAGUGCACGCAAUGCUUCAUGGCGGCGUAUUGCGGCAGAGACUGCCAGCGCGCCCAUUGGGAUGCACACAGCAAGACUUGCCUGCCUCGCACAGGUGGACGCUGGGUCGCCGUCCAGGGUGCCUUCGUCUACUGCGAGCCCUCGCGGUUCCAGGUCCCGCUUGCUUCGCUGGAUCCAGUUCGGAUCGAAGGCUCUAUACCCGAACGUUCCGCGUCAAGACAGACGCCGUCUGGCCCCCGCCGCAGUGAAAAGCUGUUCCUCAUGCGGAUAUUCGAACCGGAGCCUGGGGAGCUGCUCAUAUGCGACAGCCGCCGUGUUCUCCUGUUCUCGUUGGGUCGUGGCAGGAACGAGUCCCUGCGUGAGCUGUUUGCUGAAGUGCGUGGGGCGCGCGACGAGAAUGGCAUACCGACGAUCUAUCGCUGGGCGAAGAGAACGGGCGAAUGGACGUACGACAUUUGUUUGGAUCGCGCGCCUCCGGCGGAGUGGACAGGCUGGUGA